AUGAGAGGCGCUCGCGGCGCCUGGGAUUUCCUCUUCGUCCUGGUGCUCCUGCUCCGCGUCCAGACAGGCUCUUCUCAACCAUCUGUGAGUCCAGGGGAACUGUCUCCACCAUCCAUCCAGCCAGCAAAAUCAGAGUUAAUUGUCAGUGUCGGCGAUGAGAUUAGGCUGUUAUGCACCGACCCAGGAUUUGUCAAGUGGACGUUUGAGACUCUCGGUCAGUUGAGAGAGAAAACAUACCCAGAAUGGAUCACCAAGAAAGCAGAGGCCACAAAUACAGGCAAUUACACGUGCACCAAUGAAGGCGGCUUGAGCGGUUCCAUUUAUGUGUUUGUUAGAGAUCCUGAGAAGCUUUUCCUGGUUGAGCUUCCCUUGUACGGGAAGGAAGGCAACGACACACUGGUCCGCUGUCCUCUGACAGACCCAGAGGUGACCAAUUACUCCCUCACGGGGUGCGAGGGGAAACCUCUUCCCAAGGACUUGACAUUUGUCGCUGACCCCAAGGCCGGCAUCACUAUCAGAAACGUGAAGCGUGAGUAUCAUCGGCUCUGUCUACACUGCUCGGCGAACCAGAAGGGCAAGUCCGUGCUGUCGAAGAAAUUCACCCUGAAAGUGAGGGCAGCCAUCAGAACUGUGCCUGUUGUGUCUGUCUCCAAAGCCAGCUAUCUUCUCAGGGAAGGGGAAGAAUUUGCAGUGAUGUGCUUGAUAAAAGACGUGUCUAGCUCUGUGGACUCAAUGUGGAUAAGGGAAAACAGCCAGCAGACUAAAGAACAGGUGAAGAGGAAUAGCUGGCAUCAGGGUGACUUCAAUUUUCUUCGUCAGGAAAGAUUGACUAUCAGCUCAGCAAGAGUUAAUGAUUCUGGUGUGUUCAUGUGUUAUGCCAAUAAUACUUUUGGAUCAGCAAAUGUCACAACAACCUUAGAAGUAGUAGAUAAAGGAUUCAUUAACAUCUUCCCUAUGAUGAAUACAACAGUAUUUGUAAACGAUGGCGAGAAUGUGGAUCUGGUUGUCGAGUAUGAGGCAUAUCCCAAACCUGAACACCGACAGUGGAUAUAUAUGAACAGAACUUCCACUGACAAGUGGGAAGAUUACCCCAAGUCUGAGAAUGAAAGUAACAUCAGAUAUGUAAGUGAACUUCAUCUAACCAGAUUAAAAGGGACCGAAGGAGGCACUUACACAUUUCUCGUGUCCAAUUCUGAUGCGAAUUCUUCCAUGACAUUUAAUGUUUACGUGAACACAAAGCCAGAAAUCCUGACUCGUGACAGGCUCAUGAAUGGCAUGCUGCAGUGUGUAGCAGCAGGAUUCCCAGAGCCCACCAUCGAUUGGUAUUUUUGUCCAGGAACCGAGCAGAGAUGUUCUGUCCCCGUUGGGCCAGUGGAUGUGCAGAUCCAAAACUCAUCUGUGUCACCGUUUGGAAAACUAGUGGUUUACAGCUCCAUUGAUGACAGUGCCUUUAAGCACAAUGGCACGGUGGAGUGCAGGGCUUACAACGAUGUGGGCAAGAGUUCUGCAUAUUUUAACUUUGCAUUUAAAGGUAACAGCAAAGAACAAAUCCAUGCCCAUACCCUGUUCACGCCUUUGCUGAUUGGUUUUGUGAUCGCAGCUGGUAUGAUGUGUAUCAUCGUGAUGAUUCUCACAUACAAAUAUUUGCAGAAACCCAUGUAUGAAGUACAGUGGAAGGUUGUUGAGGAGAUAAAUGGAAACAAUUAUGUUUACAUAGACCCAACGCAACUUCCUUACGAUCACAAAUGGGAGUUUCCCAGAAACAGGCUGAGUUUUGGGAAAACCUUGGGUGCCGGCGCCUUCGGGAAAGUUGUUGAGGCCACUGCAUACGGCCUAAUUAAGUCAGAUGCGGCCAUGACUGUUGCUGUGAAAAUGCUCAAACCAAGUGCCCAUUUAACGGAACGAGAAGCCCUAAUGUCUGAACUCAAAGUCUUAAGCUACCUCGGUAAUCAUGUGAAUAUUGUGAAUCUUCUUGGAGCAUGCACCAUUGGAGGGCCCACCCUGGUCAUUACAGAAUAUUGUUGCUACGGUGAUCUUCUGAAUUUUUUGAGAAGAAAGCGUGAUUCAUUUAUUUGCUCAAAGCAGGAAGAUCACGCAGAAGUGGCGCUUUAUAAAAACCUUCUCCAUUCAAAGGAGUCUUCCUGCAGUGAUAGUACUAAUGAGUACAUGGACAUGAAACCCGGAGUUUCUUAUGUUGUACCAACCAAGGCAGACAAAAGGAGAUCUUCGAGAAUAGGUUCAUACAUAGAAAGAGACGUGACUCCUGCCAUCAUGGAAGAUGAUGAGUUGGCCCUAGACCUGGAGGACUUGCUGAGCUUUUCUUACCAGGUGGCAAAGGGCAUGGCAUUCCUCGCCUCGAAGAAUUGUAUUCAUAGAGACCUGGCAGCCAGAAAUAUCCUCCUUACUCAUGGUCGAAUCACAAAGAUUUGUGAUUUUGGUCUAGCCAGAGACAUCAAGAGUGAUUCUAAUUAUGUGGUCAAAGGAAACGCUCGGCUACCUGUGAAGUGGAUGGCACCAGAGAGCAUUUUCAACUGUGUGUACACGUUUGAAAGUGAUGUCUGGUCCUAUGGGAUUUUUCUGUGGGAGCUGUUCUCUUUAGGAAGCAGCCCCUACCCUGGAAUGCCAGUCGAUUCUAAAUUCUACAAGAUGAUCAAGGAAGGUUUCCGAAUGCUCAGCCCUGAGCACGCACCUGCAGAAAUGUAUGACAUCAUGAAGACUUGCUGGGAUGCUGAUCCCCUGAAAAGGCCAACAUUUAAGCAGAUUGUGCAGCUGAUUGAGAAGCAGAUUUCAGAGAGCACCAAUCACAUUUAUUCCAACUUAGCGAACUGCAGCCCCCAUCGGGAGACCCCCUCGGUGGACCGUUCCGUGCGGAUCAACUCGGUGGGCAGCAGCACAUCCUCCACGCAGCCUCUGCUUGUCCACGAAGACGUCUGA